AUGACUUCCUUUCUGUCUUUCUUUUCUUUGUUCACCUCCUGUAGUUCCCUUUUCCUUCACAGAAAUUGCCCUAUUUCUGUUCUCUCCGCCCAUUUUCACGCCAGCCAGACCCCCUGUCCACUAAAAACGCCACCAUCGCUUUUUGAAUGCCAUCACCGCAGCCAUUACAGUGAACCGCUCUUCAACCAACAUGGCGAUCUCUCGACGUCCGCUACAAAGUGUAAUCUGGCUCAGUACGUAUUUCCUUUCUUCCUUCCUUUCUUUAUUUCUUUUCUUCUUUUCUAUUCCUUUUUCUUGUAUUCUUCUUUUUUUAAUUUCUUACGUUCAUUCAUUCGUUAUUCUUUUAUUAUUUGCUUUUUGAGAUCAUUUUUUUCACACUGUCUUUUAAGUCAUUCCUUCGCCAUUAUUUCAUCUUUCGUUUCGUUUAUAUUUUCAGUCUUUCUUUUUCAAUUCCUUCUUCUUUCUUUGUUUGUUUCUUUCUGUUUUUCUUUCUUUCUUUUCUUCUUUCUUAAGUCUUUUUGUUUCUUUCUUUCUGUCUUUCCUUUCUUCUUUUUUGCAUCUUUCUUUUUUGUUUCUGCCUGUCUUCCUUUCUACAAAUUAAUCUUCUUUCUUUUUGAAUUACUUUUCUUCGUCUUUCGCUUUCUUUCUUUCUUUCUUUCUUUCUUUUUUCUUUGUUUCUGUCCUUCAUCCUUGAGUCUUUCGUUUGCUUUCUUUCUUUCUUUCUUUUUUUCUUUGUUUCUUUCUUUCUUUCUUUCUUUUUUUCUUUGUUUCUUUCCACAAAUCAAUCGUCUUUCAUUCUUUCAUUUUGAUCUUUUUUCUUUAUGUGUUUUUCUUCUUUCUUUCUUUUUUUCUUUCUUUCCUUCCUUCUUUCUUGAGUCUUUCGUUUGCUUUCUUUCAACAAAUCAAUCAUCUUUCUUUUUUCUUUCUUUUUGUCUUUCUUUUCUUUAUUUUCUUUCAUUUUUGUUUCUUUCUUUCUCUCUACAAAUCAAUCUUCUUUCUUUCAUUUUGACAUUCUUUCAUUUUUCGUUCAUCUUUUCAUUCUUUCUUUUUCAAUUACUUCUUCUUUCUUCCUUUAUUUCUUUUUAUUUCGAGACAAACCUUUUCCUUUCUUUCUAUCUUUUUGACUUUCAUUUCUUGAUAUUUGUUUUCUUACUUUCUUUUUUGUUUCUUUCUUUCUGCCGUUCUUUCUACAAAUCAGUCAUCUUUCUUUUUCACUUUCUUUUCUCUAUUUGCUUUUCGUCUUUCUUUCAAUAUUUCUUUCUUUCUUUCUUUCUUUCUUUCUUUCUUUCUUUUGUCUUUCUUUCAUGCUUUCUUUUCUUCAUUCUUUCUUUCUUUCUUGAGUCUUUAUUUGUUUUUCUUUUUUCUACUUCAUCGGUCUUUUCUUACAUUCAUUCUCCAUUAUUUCAUUUUUUGUUUCUUACAUCUUUUCAUUCUUUCUUUUUUAAUGCUUCUUUUUUCUGUCUUUCUUUGUUUCAUCACCCUUUCUUUCUUUCAUUCUUUCUUUCUUUGAGUAAAACCUUUUUCCUUUCUUUUUAUCUUUCUCACUUUGUUCACUUUAUUUGUUCACUAUCUUUCUGUCUGCCUUUCUUUCUUUCAUUCUUUCUUUCUUUCUUUCUUUCUUUCUUUCUUCGAGUAAAACCUUUCCUUUCUUUUUAUCUUUCUGUUUUCAUUUGUUUUUAUAUUUCUUUCUAUCUUUCUUUUCAUUUUCUUUUUUGUUUUUCUUUCUAUCUUUCUUUCUUCGAAUAA